AUGGACAAGACGUCCUUCCAAGGUCGUCUUCUCCACAUCAUUCCUGCUGUUGACCAUAAAGGUAAGUUCGAGGGCGAGGAGGAAAAGCGAACGUUAAAAGAUGAGAAGAGUUCUCGGCGUAAAGCCACAGCUGGGCGGGAGUUCAAUUGGAGUAUGUUGUACUCGAAUAGCUAUGCAGUGGUAUCCUCUAUUGCUGGUCGGAUGGGAAUUGCCAAGGCAGAUAUUCUGAAUCCUGAGUCAGAUAAUGCGGCGGUCAAGCUUGCGCUUGCAGAGACACGUUAUCCAAGAGACGAAGCCAUACCUUGA